AACUGAAAACAUCAUUGUCAUCCCUGGAACUAAAAGUCAGAGAUCUUAAAGAUUUACAAACCAAGAAUGAGACAGAAUUCCUGGAGAUACAAGAAUGUGCUGUUAAUUUGGAAAAAUAUAUCGCAGAAGAGUUUGUAAAGCUGCACCAGUUUCUCCAUGACAAGGAACAAAAUCUCAUUUAUCAACUUAACAGCAAAGCGUCAGAAAUUCUGAAAGAGAUAGAAGAAAAUCUUGAAUGCAUUAAAACUGGCAUUACAGAAAUCCACUCAGCAGUGUCUGAUAUUAACUUGGAAAUCAAAACAGAAGUAGACAUUCUGGAAGAGAGAAAUUAUGACACCGACUAUCUGACAACUGCUGAGGAAUCAGUGUCGGGUGAUACCUCAGAACAUGGAAAACACAAAGCUAGUGGAGUUCUAUCAGCUCCAGAAUCCUUUGAGGAUGUUGCUGUUACUUUCUCAGCAGAGGAGAUGAAGAUGUUAACAAAACAAGACAAGGAGCUUCAUAAGGAAGUGAUGUUAGAGAACUAUGAAACCUUAGUUUCAGCAGGUUACAAGAUCCCCCCAGAGGCAUUGUUAGUGCUACUUAAAGAAGAUAAUGCUGAACUGCGAGUGAAUGACAAGGAUGGGAUAAACAGAACAGAACACAAGAAUAAUAUUAAAGAAAAGCCCGACAGCAAUGGGAGCAGAGACUGGAGCAUUUGCUGGAGUCGGCAGCCAUCACUUGGAGUAUCUGUAUUACAUAAUGCUACAGCGAACCUGCAGCACUCUGUUCAAACUCUGAAGGUUUCUGACAAGCAUCCUGUUAUACCUGUAGCACAGCUUCAUCCAGGAUACACCUGCAACAUGAGCUCUGAAUAUGACCAAAGUUCUAUAGUACAUCAAAGUCCAUUAAUACGCAAGAGAGCUCACAAAGAAAAUAAACCAUAUAAAUGUCCUGAAUGUAAUAAGUGUUUCAAAAAAAAGUGGAAUCUAGUAAUACAUGAAAGGGGUCACACAGGGGAGAGACCAUAUAAAUGUCCUGAAUGUAAUAAGUGUUUCAAACAAAGGUGGAAUCUAGUAAUACAUGAAAGGAUUCACACAGGGGAGAGACCAUAUAAAUGUCCUGAAUGCAGCAAGUGUUUCAAACAAUGCGGUCAUCUAAUAGAACACACAAGGAUUCACACAGGGGAGCGACCAUAUAAAUGUCCUGAAUGCAAUAAGUGUUUCAGUGGAAGAACUGCUGCAGUACAACACGAAAGGACUCACACCGGGGAGAGACCAUAUAAAUGUCCUGAAUGCAAUAAGUCUUUCAAUGGAAGAACUGCUGCAGUACAACACGAAAGGACUCACACCGGGGAGAGACCAUAUAAAUGUCCUGAAUGCAAUAAGUGUUUCAGUGGAAGAACUGCUGCAGUACAACACAAAAAGACUCAUACGGCGGAGAGACCAUAUAAAUGUCCUGAAUGCAGCAAGUGUUUCAAACAAUGCAGUCAUCUAGUACAACACACAAGGACUCACACGGGGGAGCGACCAUAUAAAUGUCUUGAAUGCAAUAAGUGUUUCAGUGGACGAACUGCUGCAGUACACCACGAAAGGACUCAUACGGAGGAGAGACCAUAUAAAUGUUCUGAAUGCAAUAGGUGUUUCAAACGAAGGGGGGCUCUAGUAAGACAUGGAAGGAUUCACACGGGGGAGAGACCAUAUAAAUGUCCUGAAUGCAAUAAGUGUUUCAGUAGAAGAAGUGCUGCAGUACGCCAUGAAAGGAUCCAUAAAGAGGAGAGGCCAUAUAAAUGUCCUGAAUGCAAUAAGUGUUUCAAAGAAAGAAGAGCUCUAGUAAGCCAUGAAAGGACUCACACUGGGACACAUAUAGUACAAAUUAUAUAAAACAUAUGAACACACUAAUUAGGACUCUCCAUAGA